AUGGAAUAUCUGUCAAGGUGUAUGAACCAGCUAAAGUCUAACCUUGAUUUUAACUUCCACCCUAGAUGUGAGAAGCUCAAUAUAACUCAUCUGAUGUUUGCAGAUGACUUAUUACUAUUUGCUAGAGCUGAUAAGAUUUCUGUAAAACUGCUGCUUGAUGCUUUCUCCAAGUUUUCUUCAGCUUCAGGUCUUGAAGCUAAUAUGGAUAAAAGUAAUAUCUACUUUGGUGGUGCUUCAGUGCUUGAUAAGACAGAUAUCCUAGCUGGUGAGAAAAUCUCAGAAGCAUGUCUUCCCUUCGGAUAUUUGGGGGUGCCUUUAUCUUCCAAGAAGAUGUCCUAUCAACAAUGCAAACCUUUAGUUGACAAGAUUCUUGCUAGAGCUAAGGUGUGGUCAACAAAGUUUCUUUCUUAUGCUGGUAGGUUGUUUCUCAUUAAAACAAUCUUGUUUGGCAUGCAGACCUUUUGGUGCCAAAUUUUCAUUUUGCCUAAAAGAAUCAUCAAGGAAGUGGAAGCUUACUGCAGGUGUUUUCUCUGGACUGGUGACACCGCAGCUUCAAAAAAAGCUUUGGUAGCUUGGGAUAAGCUGUAUUUGCCUAGAAAUUCUAGUAGUUGGAGUGUUGAUAGCUUUUAUAUGAAAGGGAAAAACCCUCUUCAGGUUCCUACUCCUGGUUCUGUUCUUGGGCUCUUAAAAAGAUUUUCAACAAUAGAGAGAUUAUUCUACAGAUUGGUGGAUGGGACAAAGCUACUGCUAAUGGGAAAUAUUGCAUUAGUAAGGCUCUAUACUACAGAUAGACUCCAAGCUUGGGGGAUUCAGUGUACUGAUAAGUGUGUGAUGUGCUCAGUUGGGAAAGAAACUGUUGAACAUUUGUUCUUUGAUUGUUGUUUUUCCUCUACAGUCUGGAAUAAGGUGCUGCUGCAGAUUGGUAUUCAUGGGAGCAGUACUGGUUUUGCCUCUGAAUUGCAUAAAGUUGUGAAGAGAAUCAGGAAAACUGGUGUUGUUGAUAAAUUGUAUGUAAUGUGCUUCACUGAAGCCAUUUAUAGUAUUUGGCUUGCCAGAAAUGCUGUAAUUUUUAAAAGGCCUACCAAGAGCAUAGAAAAUAUAGCUAGGGAAAUCCUGUUUAGAGUUUGUUGUAGAGGUUCUGAGGAACUUAGAAGUAGAUUGCUACACAAUUGA